UGUAGACAGAGUGACAUGACAAGCAAUUUUAUCUCCAGAUUUCAUCGUCGAGUGCUUCGCCAUGAUUCUCCGACCGCUAGCGUCUUGGCAGGUUGCUACCGCGCCUUAAGACCUCUGGCGCGUCUGAUUACACUCCCGGCACAACCAACCAUGCAAGCACUCCAGAUCCCGACUGUGACAAUUCAUGACUUAGCCGCGUUCCACCACAGCCACCUCUGCCAAAGCGCCGACUUCUCGACCUGCUCGCCGCUCUGCGAUGCCGACAGCGGUGAUGUGGAGGAGGUCUUCGAGGAGCAGGAGGAACAAGAUGACUUGGUCUACUAUCCAGACGGAGUGAAGCGCACGCUAACGGACGCGCAAGUCGCCAUGUUCCGCUUCUCGGAGAUCCAGCAGCUCUUGAAACAGAAACGCCGUGAAGACGAGCUCGCCGCCAAAAAACGCAAGAGGAAGCGCGACGACGCAGAUGUCGAUCCGUCGGAGAUUCCCCAGCCAGCUCGCGUCUCCCGCGAAGACGUGAGGAAGAACCGCCUCGAGGCCGCGCUGUGGGCCGCGAAACAUGAUUGGGAUGUGUUCGGAAAUCCGGUAGAUGCGCCUACUGAACCGGGGGAGUUUGUGGCGGAGGUACAGGGUGAUGCCGAGUCAGGGAAGACUUUCCUGUGGCCGAAAAUUGAGCAGGAUUGAAUGCGCGGCCCUUUGAUUUGGUGGUUUGUAUUUGAAGCCCGUUCUUGAGUUUCGGGUGAUUUGUGAGGCCGAGAACUCUUUAUAUUUGACAUUACCCAACUUUAAACUCAUCCUGGAAGCUCCAGCAAGCUGUCAGUUGUUGAUUUCUUUAGCGCGUGAUAAUUCCCCAUUUCGGGUCAAGUCCGUCAUGGUUACCCUCGGAGUACACACCAAAUUUAGUAGUAUUCGUUUACCCUGCAGCCGUGAGCUAUCUACUGAAGCUGUUGCAUUGC